GGCUGGCAGCCCUUCACUGCUGUAUUUCUCCUGCCUUCAGAUUUUCUGCAGCCAACAUAACCAUGUUUGGAGAUCAAUAAUUAUUUCAAGACCAAAAUAUUAAGCAAAAUUUAGAUUGAUUAAUGUGUUUUCCUUGCUGCCAGCUGCAGCUGCCCCUGGUAAUUAGUUGAUUCUACUUUUCUCAUCCAAUAUUAAGUGGUUUUAGAAUCUAUUUUUAAGGAUUUGAUACUGUCCUUUCACCAAAGUGCUCCCCAAUUGAUAUUAUGGUUCUUAUUAGUUUAUCCAAACAUCAGAACUAUGUUCUCUGCUUAUGACGCAUCCUAUUGAACUAGAAGCCAUCUGUGUUGAUAACAAGAGAUAUACAUACUGCAGGGCUCUUUCAUGCUGCUUCUCUGAAGCUGAGUCCCCUCGGCAUCUGAUCUACCAGAGGUUAUGUGAAUGGAUAUAUGAGCUUGUAUAAUCGGUUUUCUCAUUUUUAUAGUAUUUUGAUUAUGACUAUCUCUUAGCUGUUAAAGUAGCUAGCUGGUCAUCAGUAGGAGAUCUGGGUCAUUAGAGAGUUGAAAAAAUGGAGUUCACUUCAUUUCAGUAAAUAUACCUGGAAUAGGAGUUCCAUCAUGGAUACGUUCAUGAUAAUGCUCUCUAAAACCUUCUUUUAUCAUUGCAGGCCACUCAAUACCAGAGCUUGCAGAGGUACUCUAUGAUUGAAACAAGUACAGAAAUAAAUAUCCAUUAAUCAAUCUCAGAUUUUAUUGAGAGUCUUCGCACAUGUUUGUGCUGCACACAUACACACAUAUAUAGAUCGUCCAAAAACGGAUGGUUUGUUAGAAUUAGCUUCAGACACACCCUGUGAUAUCAUACUGCAGCAACCGUUAAACAAGUGUGAAUUCAAAUCAGCUAAUUAACUGGCUUGAAGAAUGCAAGUAUUCCAAAAUAUGGAUUAAUACUAAUAGAAUGGGAUGGUUGGUGUAGACUAAGCUGAGAUGGAGGUUCAAGUGAGGAGAUUUGAGCAUUUAACUUCAGGCUUGGAUUAGCACUUAGGGAUAAACAUAUGCUGUAAUUCUUUUCAGUUGCUACUACAUGAUGGAUUGAACAUUGAAGAAUUGCUGAUAAAGUAGCGUCGUUGAAUUAAGAGGCUGUUUUAAGUAAAGUUGCUAUUGUCUUGAUGUCAUCGGAUCCUUUUCCCUGCCUCUUAAAACUGCUGAAGACCAUUCGAUACACGCCAUGUUGCUGAAUUUUUGGAUGGACCAGGAAUGGUAGUCUUUAUGUUGAUGCCAAGGGAGAUACUGCUUUUGCUGUUACUGACUUAAUUUGUUAUUGCUCGUUAGACUAAGAGCCUUCAAGUUUCAAUUUCUGAAAUUGGUUUCGUUUGAAGCGUUGCUUCAGCCUCGUGUCUUUGAGCUUAAAGUAUGAAACUAUUGCAAGAUCAUUAUGUUGCAAAUCUGUUGUAAGAAAACAAAAGUAAGUUCUUUCUCAAAGUACUAAACUGUGUUGAUAUUGAGAAUUUAGUUGUGUUCUUACUUCUCCAAAACGAUUUAAGUCAAAUGCUUCACCAGCUUCUUUACAAUAAAGUCUGUUUUCCUUA